CUGUCUUAACUUCGAAUACUCUUUUUCGUUUCUCUUUUUUGAAUCCAACAACGUUAUUUAAAUCUCAACAUUGUUCUUCUUCGUCAAUCACAAGUACUAAGACUAGGAAUAGAAUGGGUUCUCUCUCUGCCUUUGACCAACCUAUCCAAUAUCCCAAUGCUCGUAGAGACGACUCCGUCGUUGACGACUUUCACGGCGUUAAGAUUCCCGAUCCUUACCGUUGGCUUGAAAAUCCUGAUGCUGAAGAAGUGAAAGAGUUCGUGCAGGAACAGGUUCGGUUAACGGAUUCGGUUUUGCAGAAAUGCGAUAUUCGGGGUAAGCUUCGUGAGACAAUUACGAAACUGUUUGAUCAUCCUCGUUAUGAAGUUCCUUUCAGGCGAGGUAAUAAGUACUUUUACUUCCACAACACUGGCCUUCAGCCCCAGAGUGUUCUUUAUGUGCAGGAUAGUUUGGAGGGUGAAGCAGAGGUUUUGCUUGAUCCCAAUGCCCUCAGUGAAGAUGGUACUGUCUCACUCAACACGCUAUCUGUAAGCAAAGAUGCUAAGUUCUUGGCUUAUGGACUUAGUUCCAGUGGUAGCGAUUGGGUCACGAUUAAAGUGAUGUGUGUUGAGGACAAGAAUGUUGAGCCUGAUACAUUGUCUUGGGUCAAGUUUUCCUCUAUUAGUUGGACUCAUGAUAGCAAAGGUUUCUUUUACAGCCGCUAUCCAGCCCCUAGGGAUGGAGAUGUAGUAGAUGCUGGGACUGAGACAAAUGCAAACCUUCGUCAUGAGCUCUAUUAUCAUUUUUUGGGUACAGAUCAAUCGGAAGAUAUUCUGUGCUGGAGAGAUCCUGAUAACCCUAAAUAUUUGUUUGGAGGAAGUGUUACCAAUGACGGGAAGUAUGUUCUUCUCUAUAUUGACGAAGGGUGUGAUCCAGUUAACAAGCUUUACUACUGUGACUUGUCUGAACUUCCCAGUGGACUGGAAGGUUUUCGGAAUGAAAACUCCCUCCUCCCAUUUGUCAAGCUUAUUGAUAAAUUUGAUGCACAGUAUCAUGCUGUUGCAAAUGAUGACACCGUGUUUACAUUUUUAACCAAUAAAGAUGCUCCAAAAUAUAAACUAGUCCGAGUAGAUUUGAAAGAACCAAAUGCUUGGACUGAUGUUAUCCAAGAGUCUGAAAAAGAUGUGCUUGAGUCAGCAUGUGCUGUAAAUGGUAACCAACUGAUUGUGAGGUACUUGAGUGAUGUGAAGUAUGUUGUGCAAGUAAGGGACUUAGAAACAGGUUCAUUGCAGCAUCAAUUACCAAUUGACAUUGGCACAGUUUAUGGAAUUUCUGCACGGCGUGAAGAUACUGUGGUUUUCAUUGGCUUUACAAGUUUUUUGACUCCUGGUAUCAUAUAUCUGUGCGACCUGGGAACACAGAUUCCUGAUAUGAAGAUAUUUCGAGAAAUUGUGGUCCCUGGAUUUGAUCGCUCUGGCUUUCAUGUCAAUCAGGUUUUUGCGCCUAGUAAAGAUGGUACCAAGAUCCCAAUGUUCAUUGUUGCCAGAAAGGAUAUUAUAUUGGAUGGUUCACACCCUUGUUUGUUAUAUGCAUAUGGUGGUUUUAACAUCAAUCUUACACCAUAUUUCAGCGUCAGUCGCAUUGUACUUACAAGACAUUUAGGUGCUGUUUUCUGCAUAGCAAAUAUUCGUGGAGGUGGAGAAUAUGGGGAGGAAUGGCAUAAAGCAGGCUCUCUUGCAAAAAAGCAAAACUGCUUUGAUGACUUCAUUUCUGCAGCUGAAUACCUUGUAUCUGCUGGUUAUACUCAACCCAGAAAGUUAUGCAUAGAAGGUGGAAGCAAUGGUGGGCUUCUUGUUGGUGCUUGCAUAAAUCAGAGACCUGAUCUUUUUGGUUGUGCACUGGCUCAUGUUGGUGUUAUGGACAUGCUACGGUUCCACAAAUUUACCAUAGGUCACGCUUGGACCUCAGAUUAUGGUUGUUCAGACAAGGAGGAAGAAUUUCAUUGGCUAAUCAAGUACUCACCAUUGCACAAUGUCCGUAGACCUUGGGAACAGCAUCCUGAUAAGUCAAUUCAGUACCCAUCAACAAUGUUGUUGACGGCUGAUCAUGAUGAUCGUGUUGUGCCCUUGCAUUCUUUGAAGCUAUUGGCGACCAUGCAGUAUGUCCUCAGUACUAGCCUAGAUAAAAGUCCCCAGACGAACCCUAUAAUUGGUCGCAUUGAAUGCAAAGCUGGACAUGGUGCCGGGCGUCCGACACAGAAAAUGAUUGAUGAAGCUGCUGACCGGUACGGUUUUAUGGCUAAGAUGUUAGACGCCCAUUGGAUUGAAUAGAUCCUACUCAAACGUAAUGAAGGGGGAAGGGAGAAGAAUUUCAGUGGCCCCAGGCCAACAUUUACUCAAUAGUCGGGAUCAAUCAAAAUCAUACAACAAAUAAGAAGAAAGAAGAGAGAACAAAUAAAAAAUAAUUUUUUGUUCAAGUGUCACUCCUUCAAUCGAAGUACCACAUGGGGCGGCCGCUAGUACCAAUAAAAAUCCGGGGGAAGGGAGAAUGGAAUGCUUUGCUUUUUGCCAUGACAAGAAAGGAACUGCAGUCGGUGAUGUCUUGAACACUUUUUCAGAACAGUCAUUGCAGUGGCCAAGAGAGGAUGUUAUUAUUUUUCACUAUUAUUGUUUUUUGGGACAAAUUGUAUUUGUGUUAUUGGAAUUGAACAAGCUUCCCUUCCUUCCCUUAAAAGAACCGAAGAAAAAAAAAGGAAUACCUUCUUAGUGCUUUGCUAAAUUGUCGAGACAAAUGAAUUUUUAAACACGAUUAUAGAAAAAC